AUGACACCACGCCCGCAACUACCUCCCCUUGCGCCCACCGACCCCAUCAUGGAGGCCAAUACGACCCCCUUACGACAGGCAACGAGCUCCAACCGGAGAGAGACGAUAAUGAGUUUGGUAGAGAUGUUAUUGCGAGGAGAUGAGGCCAGCAUGCCAGGUUUGAAUUCACAGCCAAACUUUGAGGAUGAUCGUGAUGUCCCGACUGUGGACGAGCACCAUCAAGUCUUGGGAGCGGAGACGUUCAACAAAUUCCAAAAACGAAUCCUGAAUUUGGAUAAGGAGCUUCGCAAUUUCGCCAAUGCCGCGCGGCAACUUGGAAGCUCUGUGGCCAUACUCUCGUCGGCAUUCCACCUGCGUGUCCGGAUAGCGCAGAUACUUUUCCUGUUUAGGGAGAACGCCGCCGACCUAUUUCCACGCAAGAUAGCACGAAAGGAACGAGAGACGCCGAUUAAUCCAAACCACAAGCUCCUUCAGCGGGGCCGGCGUCUCACGAAGCGCUAUAAGCCUCCGCCGAACGUCGCUCGUCCAAUCAUCAAAGAAGAUUUAGAUGUUGAAGAUUUCCCUCAUCAGCUGGAGAGUUUGGGGGUGGAUGUUACAACAUUUCUGGAUUGUUUGAACGAAUUCCCAGAGUUCACCGACGAAGCAGUCAACGCUAGUAUUCUAUCAUUCGAAGCAGAUUUGAAGUACUGGGCUUCCUGUCUGAGAGAAUACCAGGGCCAGUUCAAGUUCCCAGCAGUACAGCGGUAUAUCCAUGACCUAGCAUCCGAAAUGGGCGAACAUAUGGACAGCAUAACUGCCACGCUAUCGAUGUUUAUCGAGAUCGGUACGCAAGCCUUACUUAUCGUGAACUCCAGUGGUAACAACCCAGUAGGUGUACCCACCAUUCGAUUUGCGCAGAAGCACGGAGCUACGAAUCUUCUGAACCUAUCAACAGUAGCGACCUUCUUCUCUGCGGUGACGGCGACGACAUUGCAAUUCUCUUAUGAGUUGCCUUCAGAGGACCCCGUAGCAGUCUCAGUCAAUUGCUUUUGGUUCCUCAGUAUGGUCUUCAGCAUUGCUGCGGCUGUCAACAGUUUACUUGGGCUCACAUGGAAGCAAGCUAUGUAUCGUUCUCCCGGCCACCGAGUACCCUGGUGGGUGCUGAUCUGGAUCAAGCGUUCGCCUUUGGUAUUCUUGGUUAUGUCUGUGGCCUGCUUUUCAAUUGGCCUGUGCUGUUUCGCGUAUGCGUCAAAACAAGCGCAUGUUACUUCGACUAUAACUACCGUGUUCACUGCUAUCACCUCCUUUGGCCUGAUGGCUGUAUCGGCCUGGUUCGCCUCCGAGCGAUGGAUUUUCCUGCGGCACAAAGGCAGAAAGUGGCUGGGGGAUGUCUUGAUCGAAGUCAGAGAUCAGUUCUACCAAGCUCCCGGUGUCGUACCUGUACGCAAAGUAUUCAAAGGAAUCAGAGUCCGCAUAAGACGUGCGGGCUCAGCCCUUAGGCGCGUCAGUGAAAAGACCAUAACCAAACUGUCCAUGGCAAGCCAGACGAGCAUAGCGGGUGACGGUGCGGACGAUGUCGAAGGCGGUUCCCUACCUACUGUACAUACUCAUCAACGUGCACUAUCGCCCACGAGCCAUCCGCAGCGCACAUACUACUCCUCAACGCGGACGUCUAACGACAACAACAAUACCAGCCCGAUCACGGAGAAGCCAUUUACGAGUUCCCCGUUCCAAUCCCCUACACUGUCGGAGAAGAAUGGUGUGGUGACGACGCCUACGGAUGGCACGCUGGCUCCUCCAACAUCACCCGCAUCGCUUGACGCGCCGUCUCGGGGGAAGCAACUCUGGAGGAAUGCUUUAAGGACGGUGAAAAUGAAAUCCGCCAUGUCGGCAGCGACGAUGGGGCCAAUGCCUCGGGCCACACCACAUCGACAACGCACGGCCUCGUCGGGUGGAGGCUCAGGUACUGGUGGGAAAUUCAAUAUGAUGCACGAACAGAUGAAGCAUCCCAUCCUCAUGCGCUCGAGGCUUGCGAGUUUGGUGCCGAAGCUGAAAUGUUUGGCACCACUCCAGGAUUUGGCUGCUCAUCAAGCAUUAGUUCGCCAUUUGCAGUUCUCACCUGACGGAAAAUACCUUGCUACUUCAAGUUGGGAUCGAACAUCAAUCAUCUUCCGUGUCGCUGAUCCAACCAAUAACCCGCGAGUACUUGCUCAUCCAAAAGGCUUCGUUGGACAAGUAGCUUGGUCCCCUAACGGAAACUUGCUGUUGACCAAGUUGACGAGCGGUAUCAAAGUCUGGACGGAGGACGGGGUCUGCAAGAAGACCAUCGAUAGAAACACUAUGGUAGAGUCUAUCACUUGGUGUCCCGACGGCAAAUCAUUCAUGUCGGUGGAAAGUAGCGAGGUCGUGAAAUUGAAUCUACAAGGAACCAUUCUCGACACGUAUCACUUCGGAAACAUGAAACUGCAUGAUGUCGGCGUCACACAGGAUAGUAUCCGACUCAUAGGUGUUGGUCCCCUACUUCAAUCGCCCACCGGCUUGAGCCCAAGUAAAUCCAGGGUAGAAAAACGACUCGUCGUCUACAACAUGCAGACGCAGUCGAUUGAAAACCAAACACCUGUGUUCAACGAGGUCCGGGAUAUCACGCUCUCUUAUAAUGCCAAACACGGCACCGUCGCAUUGAUAAGUUACGAGAACAAGGCACCUCCUCAACUUUGGCGAUUGAAAAUGAUCAAGGACAGGGACAAUACAUCAGUCGUCACCGCAAGGCUCGAGCUCAGACACACAUACAUGCCUAAAUGUCCUGUCGAUUUUGCUGGUCCAAGUUAUUUCGGUGGCAAGAAAGACGAGCUCGUACUGUGUGCUGGGAAAGCGGGGGACAUCCAUAUAUGGGACUCGGAAUCUGGCUCGCUGCUCCACCAUGUUCGUGCUCAAGUCCUCGGCGGCGAUUUGACGUGCAUAGCUUGGAACCAUGCUGCUGACGAUCCCUUCAUGUUUGCUACGGGAAGCCACGAUGGCGCGGUUCGACUCUGGUCUCAACAUCCUGAGGCUCCUCUGGAUCAAGAGCAUCUCCCUGACGAUGACUAUGACACCAGACUAAUGGACGGCACAUUACCUCGCAGCUCUUCCCCUCUUGAGUUCGACCUGGAACGCCCGGAUAGCCAAGCUACACAUCACGACUACGACAGUCAAUACACGUUUGAUAGUGCAUUCCCACUCAACGAUUACGGCAACCUUCCGAAUGGGUCUGGGCACGUCGCAUAUGGAAGCGAGCUUUCCCAACAAUCUAGGGAACGUAUGGUCGCCUUCGCGCCAGCGCCAGCCAAUGGUCCUCCUACACGAUCCGCGACUUUGGAUUGA